AUGGCUACGGAAGAAGAAGUAUUGGAGAAGAUGAGGAACUGGAUUCUGGAGGAAAAUAAGUCGGUCGGAAGCAGAUUUCUUCUGCGGCAUACAAAAUUGAAUGGAAAAGAAAUUAAGUCGUAAGUUUUUAAGAUAUAAAGGGAUUUUUGUGUUUAGAGUAUUGCAAAGAUUUUACGAAAAAGAAAAAGGAAAUACUGAUGAUCUCACAGCUUCGUAUAUUGUAGUUGGAAAGGCAAUGUCAAAUAAGAAUGAUGAUGGCACACGAACAAUAAUGCGGUCUUUGAUUUGCACGGAGAAGCGGUUGCCGGAAGUGUAUAAAUCUUUUACUGAAGUUAGCAACAAGUCUAUCUUCUCAAUCCAAAAAGGAUCCUUGAGCAAUCUUCAUCGUCCUUUAAACAAUAUUUAUGCUGGAAGGAUACCCAAUCCUGUUGUUGACAUGGAAGACAGGCUUAACAUUAUUGAUGAGACCGUUGUAAAUGAAUUGAGCGCAAUCAAGAAGAUGAAGAAGAUCGAUCUUAGUGAUGUUGAACUUCCAUUAUUCCAAACUCGAGUAAAAAGAGGGCCGAAAGUGUUUGUGAAGAAGAUUAUUGUGAAGAGGGAUCAACACAGUCUAAAGGAGGCCUUUGCUAAAGGAGAAAAAUUGAGAGAACUGGUAAGGAAGCGUUUGGAUUUUAUUCAUCUCGUGCAAGUGUUAAAUUUCGUUAUCUGUCGUUUGGGUUAAAACACGUAAAGAUCGAAUUUUUAUAUCCAAAUUAUUUGACUGGCCAGCGGCUGAUUUGACAUGACAGCCAGAUUUUUUGCCGUUUGGUUAGCCAUAAAGCUGGAUUAUCUAUAUGUUAGAAUGGCGGCGCAGAUGGAAAAUAAGUAGCCACAUGUAUGGAAUGAAUGUCCCUGAAUCCUCAUCCAACACAUUGCCUUGCCAAAUCCACCUUUUUUUGCUGGCGAAACGGCAAAAAAAUAUGGUUGCCGUGAAAUAGCUGAAAAUUUUGAUAUGCCCUAAAUUAAAUGAAAUCUGCCACAAAUGAAGGGUAGCUUUAAAUUUCUUUUUUUAGGAGGAGGGGAUUCAAAUUGUGGAUGAAGUUGAAAUUGAGUCCAAUGUGAAACGACCUGCCAGAGUAGAUCUUGGAGAGGAAAAAGCUCCUCAGAAAUGUGCAAAGUCGGAGAACUCAAAGAUUGAAAAGCCUAACAAACCUGUAAAGGAGAAUAAACCGAAGAAACAAUAUAAAAAGCAGGGUAAAUUGAUGUUUGAAACAGUCAAAAAGGAAGACAGGUGUGAAGAAGAUGAAGAGAAGCACCUCGAGAUUGACAAUGAAGUUGGCUCUGAAGAGGAAGAAACAGUUCCAGCACGUGAUAGUUUCGGUAAGUGCGUUUUAUUUGUUGAUUUUUUCUUAGAUGACGAUUUGUUUUCCACCGAAGAUGACGUGAAAGGUUCCGUUUUGCACGAAGACGAACCAAGACCAUCCAAAAUGAAGUCCAAGGAAUUAGAAGAAGGUAAAAAAUCACUUGUUUUUACAAAAUAUGUUAUUUUAGCCGCCCCAACAAAACGUCGACGAAUCGUGGAAUCUGAUGACGAAGAUGUGGACAAUGAGGAAAGUCGCACAGAAGAAAACCGAACAGUAAAGGAGGUAAAACAAUUUAAGCCCGUAAAAUACAAGAAACAGGAGAUCACCGAGGAAUUCGUUGACGAAGACGGAAUGUUGGGUAAGGUGAUUAAAAUUAGUUAAUGUUUUGCUGUUACAGUAACCCGUACAACGACAAAAGUUGUAAAAGAAGAUCCUGUGGGCUCAGACCAGGUCCUUCCUAGCUUCUCAAAACCCAAGUCAAUCCUCAAACCAAGCAAUUCUUCUACUUCCAAGGGUCCAAAGAAAGUGCCUGCUGGUCAGCCGACGAUCAGCAGCUUCUUCACCAAAAAAUAA